AGUAAUCUUUAGUCGACAGAACCAACCGGCUGCGAAAAAGUUCCUGUCGUCCUUAAAACGCGAAAUUCAAAGAGAGAAAACUUCUUGAGUAUUUUGUGUACAACAACUUCGAUUCGAUUGUGGGUAGGUAUAUUGGUCACCAUCUCUAACCAGUUACCACCGUACACACAACAAGGAGAUGUCCUUACGAAAAUGUUGAAAAUAGCUAUAAAGCUAGAAAAAAUUUCGCUCGAGUGUUACGUAAAUUCGGAUGUGUCCUUUUCUCCCUUAAUAAUAUGUGUUACAUGAUUUUCCGCACAAAUCCUUGAUCUUGAAAACGACUUCUUUUCUUUCCAUUUGAGUGUCCUUCAAGGAUAACAACAAAAAAAAGUGAAUUUUUCGGAAGUGCUGUAAAACGUAAAACGACAAGAAUAAAAUUAAAGCAAAGCAAAGUUAAGUUAAAAAAGAAAAAGAAAUCAAAACCAGUGAAAUUAUGUAAAAGAGUGUGUUGUAUUUCGAUGAAGUGCCAUGAUACAAGUAGAAGAUAGAUAGAUAUCCUUUCGUUCGUUACUCUUUUGUGGAAUAAAUUCUAUGCGUUCGUACAGCUCGUUGCGCAUCAUAAGGAUACACUACCAGUUCCAGCUCCAGCUACAGCAUCAGCUCUAGCACCAGAUUCACCACCUCAAGCAGGGGAAUCAAAAACAAAUUACGGAAAAGAUAUAAAACUUCGUUUUAACUGACAAAAUGUUUCAAAGCCUCUUAACUCUCCAUCAUCUACUUCACUUAAUACAAAUAAAAUUUUAAAUUAAAUUAAACUAAAACUUAAAUUUCAAAAAUAAUGUAAACAAUUAAUUGAUAUAAAAGUUAUUUAAAAACGAAAAAAAAAAAACAAACCUAAAAAUUUGACGCUCAAAAAACAAUGUCAACAACGGGCUACUUUUGUUUGCUGAAUUUUCGAACUUAUUUGAUAUAUCUGUGUUGUUAUUUGUUAAUUAUGGUAGCCGCCGGUAGUAGAGUUGUAAAUGGUUUAAAAUGUUAUUGUAAUCCAAAGGAAUGUGAUGUUAUAAGAUCAUUAGAUUGCCCUGGUAAGGGUAUGGUAUUAUGGGAUCCAUGCAAAUGUUGCAGAAUGUGUGCGAAAACUUUAGGUGAAACUUGCGGUGGACCAGGAGGAUUUUCAGGGACCUGUGAACCACCACUGCAAUGUGUUACAAAACUUCCCAUCGCAAGUGGUUUAGGUGUUUGUAUGGCACUUCCAUUUACAACCUCAACAUAUCUUAAUUGUACAAAUGACCAGACAAUACUAUUAGAGCCCGGAUGUGAAAUUACAAAUAAACGUUGCCAAUGCUGGCCGCAAUUGCAAAUAUGCAGAGACGAUACACAACCAUCAGAUACACGGUGGCAUUUUAGAACAUUAGAAGAUUGUCAACUGAAUCUACAAAAUCUAAUAGAAAUCGAAAUGGAUUUCGAUGAGGAUUACACAGUCUCACCGCAAACUUUUACAUAUAAAAAAUUAAGGAGGAAGCGGAGAUCGAUAAGGAAAACAAGGUCUCGAGGAGUCCACUAAAAUAUUAAAAACAAAUAAUAAAAAUAAAUAAUCAAAUACGAUGUUCAUCAAAGCAGGGAUUUCUACAUCAACAUUACAUCCCUCCUUCCUGAUAUACAACAAAUGAGUAUAAGAAGAAAAAACAGCUGAAACGACACACAAGACAAGAUGAAUAUAAUAAUAAUAAGAUAUUUCAAAAUUUAAUUCUUAUUUAACAAAAUUAAAUUUUGAUUUCAACAAAAACCAACAA